AUGUAUGGAGAUGUCGGCAACAAAUUGGUAUACUGCAGCCAUGUUAUGAACUACUACAACCGACUUACAUGCGGUCAUAGGNUGCAACAUGCAAAACGAACCCAGGCACUUCCUCAACUUCCGGCCUACCAGACAGAGCUCGUUCGUACUGUAGUACGUGAGGUCCGCGAGCUCAACCGAGAAGUCAACACUCUACUGGAGCCCUUCGGCUCUUCUUUCAAUCCAUCUCAAGACCCUGCAACCGCAUGCGCUCUCCUCGUCAACCACCUGAGCAUGCGUCGCAACAAACGCUGUCUCUUGGCCUACCACCGCGUACGUACGGAUAAGCUAGAAGACAUGUGCUGGAGAGGCAUCGAUGUCAUUGGCACCGAGCAGACAACCGCCGAACCUCAAGCCAUGAACGCCGAAGAUACCAAGAGCAGUCUCAGUCCAGAGGAGGAAGAAUACGUGCGUCUGUACAGCGAUCUUUUGGCCGCUUACAAGGGUCAAUGGACCGACAUUGAUCUAACUGGCAGCCUGGACCCGCCGACUGAUCUGUUCAUCGACGUCCGCGUCUUGAAAGAUGCUGGUGAGAUACAGACAGAAUACGGAGCCAUCAACCUCACCAAGAAUAGUCAGUUCUACGUUCGUCAGGGAGAUGUCGAGCGUUUAAUUCAGCAGGGCUAUUUGCAGAAGCUCAGUUGA